AUGUGUUUCGGAUUCGUGACUUUUCAAUGUGAAGAUGUUGUGGACAAAGUUUGUGAAAUACACUUCCACGAAAUCAACAAUAAAAUGGUGGAAUGCAAGAAAGCGCAGCCGAAAGAAGUGAUGCUACCGGCAAACCUGGCCAAGACCCGCUCGGCAGGCCGGGGAGCUUACGAUUUUAUGUGGUCUUUGGGGGCACUACCCGAUGGUUUUCCGGCUGCCGCCUAUGCGGCCUAUGCGGCCAGCCGUGGCUAUUCCGGUUACCCUAGUUUCGGUCUCACUUAUCCGACAGUGGACCUCACCAACGGCCAGUUGACUCCCAAUAAUAACACGCCUCUCCUAACCCAGGCAUUAUCAGUGAUGAACAACUACCAAGCAGCGGCGGCAGCAGCUGCAGCCGGCUUCGGCCCACCGGCGUCUCCUCACGGGGGCGGCGCAGGAGUUGGGGGCGGCGGCGGCGGUGCCGGUAGCGGGGCGGCAGGGAGGGGCGCACCCUUUGGAGCGGGCGCACCGGGCGCCAAUUCGCCCGCACCCGAUCUCUACGGCAGCUCAGACAGUGCAGCAGCAGCGGCUGCAGUAGCUUCUUAUGUACAGUCAUUGAUGAACAACUACCAAGCAGCGGCGGCAGCAGCUGCAGCCGGCUUCGGCCCGCCGGCGUCUCCUCACGGGGGCGGCGCAGGAGUUGGGGGCGGCGGCGGCGGUGCCGGUAGCGGGGCGGCAGGGAGGGGCGCACCCUUUGGAGCGGGCGCACCGGGCGCCAAUUCGCCCGCACCCGAUCUCUACGGCAGCUCAGACAGUGCAGCAGCAGCGGCUGCAGUAGCUUCUUAUGUACAGGCUGCAAGCCCGCAACCGGGCGGACAGGCGGGCCCGCAGUUUGCACCGGCGAUCGCUGUGAGUCGACAUGCACCCAUCAACUACAACCCUGGCCCACUCAUACCGGCCGCUUUCACCAACGGAUACCAUUGAGUGGUAUCAAAUAUAGAUUUGAGAUGUUGAAAAGAAUAAAUGUGGCACACACCGUUACUACAUCAAUCAUCAUUUGCAGCAGCAAACCAAAUUCAACUGCAACUGCAUAAAAGUGCAUCAUCCACCCUCAACUGCAUCCCAACUGCAGUGUUCUACUGCGCAUGCGCUGUUGUCGUUAAUGUUCACACCUAAUUUGCUCUGUCGUAUAAUCUCUGCAAGUAAUAAAAUAAUUAUUAUAAAUUGCACACACGAAUCAUGAUAAUAUAUUAAUAAUUUAUGGAAAGCUGUUACAUCUACAUGUUCCACCUAUGUGCCACGUGUCAAUGUUUGUCUGUGUGUGUAUGUGUGUAUGUAUGUGUGAGUGUAUGUGUGAAGGAUAUUAUUUAUGUAAUAUCUGUUGAAGCUAUCGUUGAUUGAAAACAAAACCCACCAAACCUUACACACAACCCGUGUGUUUUUAAAAAGUAACAGUGAACAUGUUAUAUAUUAUUUGGAUAAUAAUAUUGGUUUAAAUACUAAUGAUAAUAAUAAUUAAUAUACUUUGCACUUCUCCAAUAUAGGAUAUAUAUAUUAUAUGGAUAAUAAUUAUAAUAAUAUAUAGCCAUUUAGCUGAUAAAAUAUAUAAAUGUAAGUCUUAACACAGUUGUCACUGAUGAUCACAUUCUCUUUCAUACAUACAUUGUAUUGUGUACAAUAAAAGUAUUGUAACGUGAAUUUGUAUUGUUGAGCAGAAAUGAAUAAUAUAAUAUGUUUGUAUGUUGAUGUUGUGUAUGUUAGAUAUGUUCCAAGGCCUCUGUAAUAAUGAUAGAUAAUAUUGUUGUGUGUGUUGUUUUGACAUUUGUAAGCUGUGCUUCAUAGCUUGCAAAUAAUUUGUUGUAAGUCAUUGUUUAAAGCGCGUUGUUGCAUAUUUAACUGAUGGAUGAUUGGGUUAGGGUAGGGUUUCUUUUAAAAUUGAUUAUACACUUGUUGGUUUUUUGAUGAGUGUUACAUUUUAGUGCAAAAUUAUUAGUUGUAACUGAGUUUUCAACUUCAAUUUCUACUAUUAUUUUUACCCAUGUUUUAAUUUUUGUGUCUAAUUGUUAACCCACUUUAUAAAAUUUUGUUAAUCUAUAUGUCUCUCCCCUUGUUUCAAGUCUCAUGAACACUUUAAAACGUUUGAAUUGUGUGAAUUUAAAAUAAUACUAUAUUGAUUUUGUAGAUUCAAACUCCUUCUAAAGUUUCUUUUGAUAAAUUCAUUCCACUUGAAAAAUAUUCUAAAUAUAAUAUCUAGAAUAGACUGUAGGGAAAUACUCAAUCAUUAGACAUCCCAUCGCUCAAAUUGGUAUCAUUGUUAAUAUUACAAAACUAUAGUAUAGCAGUUAAUUAUCGAAAUUAUUCUACCUUUUUCAAUUUAUACAUUUUUUCAUUGAUAGCUUUCAUGACCUUGAUUCGCCUAUCAAUUUGAAUAAAGCUUAAAAAUAUUAUUUCCACCAAACAAAAUUAUCUAUGUGACUCACAGAAGUAGAUCCUUUCCAAAGAUACUUUAUGACGUUAUUAUAUUAAAUAUAGAUUUAAUUUAAUUUUUCAACUACCUAUUGAUAAAUUUUCGUGAAUUGAACAUGAUGAUCCAUCAUUUUCAUCAAUUUUUUAAAGGGGAAGAUUAUAAAAUUAUUUUUUUCGAUGAAAAUAUCAUUAAACCUGUAUUUAGGAGAAGAUUAUAGAAUUAUUUUUCCUUGAUGAAAAUAUAAUUCAACCUGUAUUUUAUAAAUUUUGAGAAAAUACUUUUACUGUUGAAUUUUAUCUCAUUUUUGUUUUUAAUUUUUGUAAUGAUUGUAUGUUGUUUUUAUAUCUUUGACAGUUAGGAGAAACAAGUUCACAAGUUAUACUCGGAAAUGGCAUUAAUUUUUAACAAUAAUUCAAUGUUAUAGUUUUGACUAAUUUGAACAAAUUAUUACUACUUAUAUAAAAAGUUUAACUGAUUUUAAGAAAAACGGACUGAUUUUACAAAUUAAUGUUAUCAACAAUAUUGAAGAAUAAGAAUCUGACUGCGGGUCGUGUUCUUCAAAAUAAUUCAUGUGUUAUUUUUUGAGUGAUCUUUAAAAAAAAACAAUUUUUGGCUUAUAAAGAGUCUUUCCUUACUAAAAUAUAUUCGUAUAUUUACUUCACUAAACGGUCAGCAUUGAUUGACGGGGUGCAUUCACUAGUAAUGUUGACGGUUUAAAGUGGAUAUCAUAAUAGCGUCCCCUGGUCUCCAGAAUUAAUAGCUUUUCAGAUUAAAUUAUUACUUUCAAAUACUGCCUUCAAAUUUCUUGAGUCUUAAUCACACCUAAAUCAAUGAAAAUUUCAUUUUUAAAUUGUCUUCCAAAAUUUUCACUUGUUUCUAGUUAGUUUUGAACAAUUUUAUUUUUCAGUCACUAGCUCUUCUGUUAUUAUAAUUUAUUGUCCAAUAUUAUCCCAUUGUGAUCUUUCAAAUAAAUAAAAUAUUGAAAUUCGCCGAAUUAUAUAGUUUGAAAUUGAAAAGUUCAAUAUUUUAUAUGCAUUGUUUUAAAUAUAAUUCGAUGUCACAGUCAUAAUUAGUAUGAUCUUUCUUAUAUUUUGUUUGAUAUUUUUUCAAGUUCUAUUUACUUCAAGUAUCUUAUAAGUUUUUUUUUAUCUAUUCUAUGUAGACCCCAUCUAUCUUAUUUUUUUAAUUUGUGUGAGGAUUUGACCUUUUUCACAGUCGAACUAAUAAAUAGAUGAGCAACAAAUUUUUAUCAAAACAAUAACUUAUAUCAUUUUUUCUAUAAUAAUAGAAAUUAUUCUGGUUCAAUUUUAAUUUAUGUUAUUAUCUUACUACCAUGUAACUUGUAUUGUAUGUUUUUUGUGUAUGUAAGUGUGUGUGCGUGUAAAGUAUGCUUGUGCUAGUAAACGUAUUGACAGGGUAUUCUCUCCACCAUUGUGUGAUUAAUUUUAAAAUAACAAAUACAAGAUAUUUUAAUUAUUAUAUAAAUUAUUGUAACCAAAAUAUUGUAAUACUUGUAACUGGAGUCUACAUCUACUGAUAAUCAAAUCAUUACAAGGACCAAUUUCAAUUGAAAUUUUUCAUUAAUCCCAUUUUGCUGAAUUUUUCUUAUGGGUUAUUAAUUUUUUCAUAAAAAGGUUGGACAUUUUUUGAAAUUGUGCUUCACUGUUCUCAUUGCAAGAUGAUUUAUUUUAUAAUUUACUCAUACAAUCCAAUAUUUUUGGGAAAUCAUUUUCAAAAUGUCCACUUGUGAUCAUCAAUAGAUCAGUUUUGAAACAUACAUUUUCAAAAAGCUACAAUUUUUUUCUAAAAAUAUAAUUGAAAAGAGUUGCAGAUGGAUCUAUCUAUAUGUUCUAUUUAUUCUGUUUGUAAUUUCAUUUGUAUUUCAUCUAUAUGUUCUAUUUAUUUUGUUUGUAAUUUCAUAUUUCCCAUUUUAGGGAUUUUUCUGAAAGCUCUUCUCAAAAUAAUUUGGCAUUGAAAUUUAGUUGAAAAUUGUGAACAGUAUGGAAAAUAUUAUACUAGUUAUUUCACAAUUGUGGAAAGCUAUGGAUGUUGUUACUUCCCUUGCUUAAUAACCUUGGGGAAAAUGACUACCAUAUUGUAUUUUAUUCCAAAUUAUUUUCAAUGAUCUAUCAUUUCAUUCGUGAAAGGUGAAUAGGAUGAAAUCGGAAUUAAUAAAAUUUAUGACUACUGUAUGUGGCUGAGAUCUCUCACCUAUCCAACUAACUAAUCACAGAUCGAGCCAAUUUUUUUCAAUUUUUCUUUCCAUUUCCACUUGAUUACAUCCAUGUAUUCUGUUCCAUUUUUUAUUAUCAAGCUUCAUAAAAGCUGGAAUUAUUCAUGAACGAUAUAAUAUGAAUACAUUUAUAAAAAUACCCACUCUAUAAUAAUAUUAUUCACAAAUAAAGAUAAAUUUAUAAUCUUCACAUUGAAAAAAAAAUGAAUAAAUUAAUCACUUGGCACAGAAUUGAUCACUGCAACUCUAAACUUAUUUGAUAAGAAUAUAAUAAUAAAAUUCACCUGUCAAAAAGAAUAUAUUUAACCAACCAAUUAUUAUAUAUCUAUUUGAAGUAUAAAACUGUUAAUAUAUUCAUAAAUUACGUAAUGUUAUAUAAUAUCCUAUUUAACUGUUUGUUUCAAAAACGAUUAACUUGCAAUUUUGAGAUAUUAUUGAAUCAUUUGUGUGUGUGUGAGAGAGAGAGAGAGAGAGAGAGAGAGAGUUGAAUAUCUAUGUUGUAAUAAAGGAGAGCAAUAACGCAUAUAUGUAUAAGCAAACAGUAAUUGUUUUAGUGGUAUAUAUAUAUAUGGAUAUUCUUGUGGGGUGUUCUUGUCUGUAGAAAAAAAUUCUGAAGAGCUUGUGUGUUUGUCUCAAAAUUAGAAGAGGUGGGUGAUAAAAGUUUAAAGGUUGAUAAAAAGAGAUAGAAUGAAUGAGAUAAGUGUGAAAGAAGGUGAGAGACGUGUGAUAUCUUGUGAAGGUGUUUUAUCAUACCAAAAAAAGCAUUGAUGGAAUGAUAAUUAUAAUAAUUAUGUAUAAUAAUGACCUGUUCCUACCCUUUACCUGAAAACCUCAUCCUCCCUUAAGUUAAGUAAUUCAUGAAAGCAAUACUAACUUAAUGAUAUAAAAUAUAUUAUAUAAAUAUAUUGAUGAUAUAUAUCUAGGAUUUAUUAGACUAUUCAAUUGAAGCAUUGAUAAAUUUAUUUUUACAAAGACUAUAAGUAUGAAGAUGAAUGAAUUUUGUGAAACCUUUUGUCAGUUUUUAAUCUAGUGAAGUAUUGUGAUUUAUGUGGUCUGAUGGUUUCUCUUCAAAUUUUCAAUUUAAAUUCAAUUUCAUUCAAAUUUUAAAAGUGAAAUUGAUAAGUUUCUCUAGUUACUGCAAUACUAAUUAUAUGAAGUGGGUCAUUAUAUUUUUGAAUGUCUAACUUUAAUACUAAUCACACUUUUAUUCUAACUCUUCAAUUUCGUCCAUCUCUCAAGUUCAUUUCUAUUCAAUAAUGGAAUGUUUUUUUUCUUAUUUGAUACAAAAUAUUGUAAUCAAUCAUAACUACUGUCAAAAUAUUGUGAUCAAUUUUCCACUGUCAAAUCGUUCUGAUUUCCCACAUUUUCCCUUACUUAAUAAAUUCUCAAAAUGUCUAUGAUCACAAUCUUUUAGUGAUUCACUUACAUAAUUUUAUUUGAAUAUUCUCAAUAUUCAUGAUUUAUCAUAAUAAUUUAUUUAUAAAUUUUUGAUAAACCAUCAGACACAAAAUUCAAUAUUCACCGAUUAUUGUCAGCUAAUUUUGAACACUUGUCAUAAUAUUGACCGCGAAUAUAAAAGAUAAAUACAUAUAUAUAUACUGUAAGGUUUCCUUUUGAAACGUUUGAUCUAUAGAACAUAGCACUGUAAAUAAGGGAUAUUUUCAAAUAACUUUUACAACAAAAUAAAAAUUAAUCAUUACUAUAAUAAUCACCAUCAGAUACAGGCUCCCAUUUCUACCAAUUAAUUUUACACACUCAGUCUCUAUUACAAUAUUGAUAAAAUAUAUUUAUAAAAUAUUAUACAUAAAAGCAUACAGUACGAUAAAUAAUUAUAUACAAUUACUUAUGAAUACAGUAAAAUCUUUUAAACUAAUAUGUACAGAGCAUAUUACGGUAAUAUAAUCAUAAUAUAACUACAAUGGUAAUGAUAUUUGAGUUUUGGAGGAACCUUGUACAGAUACAUAAAAUAAAAUUCUGAAACAUUUUUGAGAAUAUUGUUGAUGAAUAAAGGAACUUACUACCGUCUUGUCUUGUUAAAGUAGAUGACAGUAGAGAUCUUUUGUAAAUAAUUUUCAAUUAAAUGAUAAAUUCUCUCAAAUUCUGCAGUAGAAGCAUGAAAUUAGGGUCUUUCUUUGCUGAAUAAAGUAUCAUGCAAUGCUCCGGCCGCGUUAAUUUUUCGGUUAGAUUGUAGUUUAAUUAAUUUUGGUUAAUUAUAGGCUAAAUAAAAAAUAUUAAUUUGUUGUGGGAGGUGAAUUAUAAAAUUGAAGAAUAAAGGUCAUAAGUUGCUGAACAAUUCAUUGUUAUCUGGUAUAUUGUUGAACAGCUGAUUGGAAUGAAAUAGUUUGCUAGACUUGUUUGACCUUUGUGUUGUGAAGGUCAAAACUGAAUUCUGUACCGUAUCCUUGGUAGUCUUUUAAAUUAGCUGAUUUGCAAGCUUUUUUGAACUUUGAGACCAUGGUUGACCUUGAAGUAAGCUGAUGAACAAAGCUAUUGAAAUCUUGUGACUUUGGUUCAAAAAAAAUUAAUUAAUAGCCAAUGACCUUGCAUGUCUUUGAGAUCAGCUGAUCCACACAAACUAACAUACUUUGAUGACCUUUUGACCUUGAAAUCUUCAUGAACCAACCAAAACUUCAAUAGUUAGGUAGAAGAUAAUGUACGAUUACAAGCUAGAAUCAAAUAUUGCUUUCAAAAUAAAACUUGAUUAAUUAGAGGCCUAGUAGAAUCGGUUAAAGCUUCUUUGCAGUCCUGUCUUCCGCAUGAGUUGAAAAUAUUUUUAGCCCAGGUUUUCAACCUAAACUCGAUUAGUUUCAUUACUUUUAACUUAUAUGUAGUAACAUGAACCGACAAUAGUUCCAUACAAUUUUAGAAUAUUGAAACAAGCAAAUCUAUGACCACCACAUUCCAAAAUUCUGUCUCAAAACAAUCUGGGGUGAUCACAUAUGGCUGUACCAUAUUUUUCCAUAAUUUCAAGAAAUGUUUUGCCUUUUUUUGUAGUUUUAAUCAAUUCUAACAUGAGAUAUUUCUCAAUUUUUAUAAAUAAUUUUUAGUCUUAUAUUAGCUAUUUUAUUUAGUUGUAUUGACGUUUGGUAAAUUUUUAAACAAAUUGUUUGUAUAUAUUUGAUUCAUAUUGCUGAAAUUGAAUUUAUCAUGAACAAAUUUAUAUUAAUUAACUAUUAUUAUAAUUUCAUGAUAAGGUAAGAUUGAAACAGGGACCAGAGAUAUAGAAUAUAUAAAACGUGAAAAGAUAUAGAAUGGAUAUGAGAAUAGCGUAAAGUAAAAGUAGCUGGAAAAGGUUUUUGGAUUGUUUUUUUUUAUUAUUAUUUUAUGUUGGUACACCUGGGUGGUCACCCUGAAUCACUUCUCUCUUAAAUAAUAGAGCUGAGAGUUUUUUCACCAACCUAGAUAAACAUAGCAACUAAUUUAUUAUUUUCCUGUUGAUUGCCAAAGAAUCGAAUGUUUCUAUUUUGAGUUGGAAAUUUAGAAUCGAUCGAAAAUAGGGAGUUGAUCUUAUAUCGGAUAAAGAAAUUUUGAAAUCGAAUAGUUGACUAUAUUACGAUGUAUUAUAAGCUUUAUUUAUUGAAUAUUAGUUAAAAUGUGUGCUUAUUGUUGAUUUGUUGAAUUUUAUAUAUAUAUUUAUAUAUAAAUAAAUGAGAACAUGCCUUCUGAGUGGCAGGUCCGCCCGCGGUAGUGUUGUAGGUCCAUCUGUGAAUCGGGCUCUAGAUCGCGGAUGGCUGUCCUUUUUAUGUGAUACCUCUGAAAUGUAAUAAAGAAACUUGAUUUUUGUACAACGGAAAAUAGUAGGUUUCAGUUCAUUGAGUAAAACAAGCGGUUCUAACCUGAUAUUAUGAACGUAUAGAUUGUUAUUAUUAGAUUUUCUUAUACUUGCGAAAACAAUUGACAGAAAUUUAUAAAAGUGUUUUAUUAUUUAGAAAGCGGUUAGAUCAAGAAAGAGAGAAUGAAGAAAUAAUAGUUGAUUAGUGAAGCGGUAUUAGACAAGUCAGUGUUUGUAUAACUGAACGGUUGUUUAUUAUUUUGAUACUAAAAAUAUUUUUCCAAUUAAUUACUGUAACUUGCCCAUUCUUUCGAAAUGCACGCAACCUAGUGAAUCACGAGAAGGGCGAACGGGAAGCAUUGAUGUCACUUAUACAAUACUGACAGGUUCAAGUGAAUCUCACCAUAGCGAAGAGGAAAAAACAAAGCGCAUGCGCUUUACUCUAUUCCCUUCUCGUGACUAACCCUUCUAUGAUAGCUUCUGUUCUACAACCAGCUUAAUGCUUGACUAAUUUUAGUGCAUUAAAAACUCUGUAAACAGAUCUAAAAGUUUAUCAAUAAAUUAGAAAUGCUGUAAAAUACUAUUACUACCGACAUCUAUAACUCAAAAAUAUUAUUGACUAACAUAUCAUUUCUCCCAGAAUGUUCAUCUAAAAUAGUAGAAACUAACAACUUCAUAAUAACUAGAAACUCAUUAACUGACAGUUCUAUCCAGUAUACAUGAUUAAUGAAUAAUAUACGACUGAUUAUUUCUUGAGAAUAUUAAUUUCGUUCAUUCAAAUUAGAUAUUUAGUAAUUAGUUAUUUGUCUAGGUGAUUUGUUUGAGGAGUUUGGUUGUGUUUCAUUACCGAAUGGUUGAUUAACUUUUAAUUUUAUGAAUAAUUUUUUGUUCAGUUUUGGCCUAAAUAUCCGAAUAAUAACGAAUAACCGAUAGAGUAAUGUUUUGAUUUCAUUUUUUAAACCAGAUAUUAUUCUCUUUGAAUAUUAUUGUUACUGAUUUGAAAAAUCGUUGAGCAAAUGCGGUAAGAGUGUGAGUGAGAAUGAAAUUAUUGUGAGAAAAAUGAUUGAUGUAUUGUAUACUCUACAAAUUUCCCCUCCAUCCUUAAGAGAAGAUUUAUCUUCCCCCUCUCCUAGCCUCUAACCCCCCACCUCACCCCACUAACCAAUCGCAUUGCUUCUAUGCUUUAUAUGUCAAACACAUGUGAUUUAUACUAAUUGUCAGACAAUAUUCACUUAUAUGAUGAUAUAUAUACAUGAUAAUAUUAUAUUCUUACUUAUUAUUUUGUAAAGUUUAAAUAAAUGAAAAUAUAAGCAUUGGCCUUAACGAAAAAACUAUUGUUUAAUGAUAUAUUAUUCUGUAACAGGUUUUUGUUUGAACAAUAAUAUUACAUUAUAUUAUUGUUACAACAUAAAAAACUAGAUGAGUGUAAUUUUUAGAUAUACCUUGUAUAAUCGAAAUAAUGAGGAUACAUUAUAUAAAAAUUAAUGUAAUCGGUGUUUGAUGUAUAAAAAUUGUACAAUAUUGGUUUAACAGACAAAAAAUGCUUGAUGUUGAAAAAUUCUACUCACAAGAAGAAUUAGCUUUGUACGUUGCAUAGAUGUAAUAACGUAAGAUCAUCUAUGAUAGUAAGUUGUUAGAAAUAUCAUAACACAAUAGGAAUCUCAUUCUUCAUUACCGGAAAAAUCAUUUUUUGUGUAUUUUUGUGAAUCAAAUGAGAUUUUAAAUCAUCUCCAGAUAAUUAUUAUGAUGUGGAUGAUUUUACAGCAAAUUUAUUCCAAAGAAUAACGUAUAAAGGUGGGGCACUCAGCAGUCUCAUCAAUAAUGCUCAAAAUGUUAUGAAAUUAUGUUUGAAAUUUUUAAUAAAUCAGAAAAAAAUCGUUUCAAAUAGCACAUAAAUAUAAUUUUCUGUGAUAAAAAUCAUCCAUCACAAUAAUGUAUCAAUCUAUUCAAAAUAGUUGAUACUUUAUCUAGCUUUUUUCAUCUAUAGCACAACAUAUUUCAAUAGUAGUUUUAUACGUUAUCGGGGUAAUUUUUCUCAUAUAAAGUGAAUUCUUUAUUCAUUACUCAUUAUAAAGUGAAUUGUAUAAAAUAAAUGGCUAACAUUAUUCAUGAAAACACCAAUAGACUUGUAUGUAAGCUUAGGUUUCUCUGUAUUCAUUGCGUAAAGUUUGAGAUUUUUUGAAAAACAUUUUAUAACCAUUUUCAAGCGUCAGUUAAAGUGAAUUUUCCAUACUUGAUUCUAAGGUUUGUCAUGUUCGAUUUAUUAAGUAUUUCAAGUAUAUUUUCGAAUCAUUUGAGGUUAUUUUUUUCAAUCAAGGAUUCUAAUUCUCCCUUAAAACUAAAAGUAGUUUCAUAGUUUCUAUGUUACUCAUGAUUUGUUUGAGAAAUGUUUCUCAUAGCUCAAUAAUCGAGUAGUUUUUCCAAGCAUUAAACUUUCUUUAUUAUUCAGGACUUUACCAGAGGUUUUCUUACUUUACACAGUUAUUUUGAGAUUCAACAUUGUUUUGAACACAGUAGGCUAUUCAUAUUCCUGGAAAAGAUAUAAUUUCAAUUUAUAAACUUUCUUGAUGCUGAAUUGAACCGUUUCCAAUUAUUUUUCUCUGUCAAUCUCUUUAAUUUCCAUAUGAAAAUCGAACAUGACUUAGAAGAUAUCUCUAGUUGACUAGCACUUGAAUUUCACCCCUAAACCAUAGUAGAAAAGUAGGCCGAUUGAGGCAACUAGAAUUCUCCCAUUAAACUUAGCUCACCCCCGACUAUUGUGUAUUAUGCAGUGGUUGAUAAAACUUCAAAAGCUUAAUGCAAUAAUCGAUGAAAGCAAUAAAAAAUCAAUUAACAUAUAAUUAAUAACUAUAUUUUAUCUCAUCUUGUACGAAUAAAAAUCGAAUGAUCUCUCUUGUCGAUGUGAAUAAAAUGAAGGAGAUGUUGUUAGACGAGAAAAAUUUGCGAUGGAAAGUAAAAACUGAAUGUAAAUUUAGUGAUAAACUACUGCAGUGUUGAAUUGAGUACUGGUGAAAUUCAAUGUUAUUUAGUGCAAAUUAAGAUGAGCGAAGGUUUACAUUUUUGUACGGCUAUUCUGUGAAUAUAAGAAUUAAUAAUGGUAAUAUCAUUACAGUUACUGUUGACUAAAUGAUAAAGGAAUCAAAUCAUUUGACUUGUGUGAGUGUGUGUGUGUAUGUGUGUGAGUGUGCCUGGGCUGCUCCUUGAUAACAAAGUAUAUACAUAACUAGUGAAGCUUAUUGGUUUAUUCUCGAAAGAAAUAGUAUUAUCAAUAUGAUAACAAUAUAAUAAAGUACAUGAAUACUUUUUAAAGAAUGAUGGUGAUGACUUGGAAUGUGAGAGUUGUAUGUACAGCUAAUACAAUACCGUAUUGUAUAUAAUAAUAUUAUUACAAUUAUGAACUAUUAUUAAACGCAAGUGAACUCUAUAAUAUUAUAUACUUAUGAGUCGAAGGGUAGAACGAGCGUUGUGCCCUUGUGUAAGUGGGGAAAUAAAGAAAAUUGUUCACUGAAAA